GCGACCUCGGAUCCUGCUUGCCCGCGCUUUUUCACCGUCUCUUCCCGCGUUCGACUCGGCUGAGCUGGGCCCGGCCUCUGCGACCGAUCCGGGCGGGUGGGCGCCGGGGAGCCCGUGACGGACCCCGCGGCCCAGCGCCUCGUUCCUGCAGGAGCCGGCCGCCUCCAUGGCCCCCAGGCAUGCCAGGCCGGGCCGUACCGGGUCCUAGGAGCCGGCUUUCCGGGAAGCGGGGAGCAUGGUGGGGGUCCUGGCCAUGGCGGCGGCGGCAGCUGCUCCCCCUCCGGUGAAGGACUACGAGCUUGAGGCAUGCAAAAAGCGAAGGAGAGAUGAUGACAGAUCUUCCUGUGAAACAAUUACAAAGUAUUUAUCGCCAAUAGGGAAGACUGGAGACAGGGUUUUCUCUCCACCAAAAUCCAGUAAUAUUCUGGAUUAUUUUAGAAAGACUUCACCCACAAAUGAGAAGACUCAGUCAGCAAAAGAGUGUAGGAUAAAGUCAUCCGCACCAUUGCCUGCUGACAUUGGCAUAGGCUGUAAAAUACCUUUGGAAAUGUCCUCAAAUAUAGAGUUUAAGAAGAGAAGGAAGAGAGUUAAUUUAGCUCAUCAACUAAGUAAUAUUAAACCUGAAAAUGAAUCUCCGGUUGAAAUUAAUAGUGAUGACAGCAAAGAAGACUGUAGUUUAAAUAAUGAUUUUGUAGAGAGUAGUACUUCUGUUUCACUCAACAAGAAACAUGUAGAAAUACUUGCAGAAAGUAUUCAAGAUAUCAAAAACCAGUCAAGCACUGUGACCUCCAAAAAAAGUUCUAAGAAAGUAAAUCCUAAACAAGGGACCACAGAAAAUGAGUGUAAAAAAUCAAGAAAAAGGAAGCGCCAAGAGGUAAUAGAUCUAUCUGAAAGUUUACCCUUGGCAGAGGAACUAAAUCUCCUUAAAAAUGAUGGUAAAGAUAGUAAACAGAUAAUUCCUUCCUUAAUUAAUGAAAUCAAGAGUACUGCAAAUAAUAUAACUCAACAAGCCCAGUUAAAUGAUAAUACAAUAACUGUCUCGUAUGAGGAAUUUUUAAAAAGUCACAAGGAAAAUAAACUGGAACAGACACCAGACUCUACAAUGUCAAUUUGUAUUCCUUCUAAAACUGUUGAAGAUAGUGUCACAAGUGGUUGUACAAGUGAUACAGAAACCUGUGAAAUUUCCCAGCAAGUACUCUUUAAGACAGUUACUGUUCUUGCGCAAGUUCACCCUAUUCCCCCCAAAAAGACAGGGAAAAUACCCUCAAUUUUCUUGAAACAAAAGCAGCUGGAAAUGGAAAAUAGUCUGUCUGAUCCUGAGAAUGAACAGACAAUUCAGAAAAGAAAAUCUAACGUUGUUAUACGGGAGGAAGAACUAGAAUUGGCAGUAUUGGAAGCUGCAAGUUCUGAAGCUGUGAAACCAAAAUGCACUCUAGAAGAAAGACAACAAUUUAUGAAAGCGUUUAGGCAGCCAGCAUCAGAUGCACUUAAAAAUGGAGUCAAAAAGUCUGAUAAGCAGAAAGAGCUCAAUGAAAAAUCUUUAAAUGAGGAAGGAAGAGACAGUAAUUCUAAAAAAAUCAUGGAAAAUCCUAAUAUCCAAAUGGUUUCAAAUGAUGACAAUUCACAGUCACACACUAAUAAAAGAAGUUUUCCUAAGGAGAAAUGUAAAAAGCUGAAGAAAAAGUAUAGGAAAAUGUUAGAUACUGGUGCUACUCCAGGUGAAAAUAGAGAGGGAGAUCCUCAAAAGAAAGAAUCAGCUUUUUCCUUUAAAGGUAGACAGAAUAAAAAUAGGCUUAGAAUGAGUUUAAGACAAAAGAAAAGAGCAGUUUUCAAAGACAGCCUAUUCUUUAACAGUGCAAGUCUUGUUUGUGAAGAUAGAGCAGAUGACCCUCUAAAGGCUUUUUCUCAGUAUACCAGUAAGUCUUCAAGAAAAACUAGCCCACCAGGUAAGGGUAAGGUGGUACAUGCUAAAGCUGAAACUGAAGACCGCUUGGUAAAUGUUCUGACACCCAGAUCAACCAGGAGAUCUACACGAGGUAGCAGGACGCCGACUACAACAGUCGGAGGUACAGACUCUGGAGAUGCACAAGAUAGUCCAGUAAAGGCUUCCACUCCAAAAGCAGCCAACUUAGCAGAAAAGCAUAGCUUAUAUGCAGCGGAAUUAAUAACAGUAUCCUCUGAUUCAGAGAGUCCUAUUAGAAUGAAAUUCACCAGAAUUAGUACUCCCAAAAAAUCUAAGAAGAAAUCUAAGAGAAGAUCCAAGAAAUCUAAAGCAACUGGUGGAGGUUUUACCUCUCAAACUAGAAAGGCAAGCAAUACUUCAAAAAAUGUAUCAAAAGCAAAACAAUUGAUUGAAAAAGCAAAAGCUUUACACAUUAGUAGGUCAAAAGCUGCUGAAGAAAUAGUGACACCCUUAAGGCGUUCAUCUAGACAUCAGAUUCUUCCUGAAAGGAAGAAAAUGUCAGACACAGAAGACUCUGUAAUAAUAAUAAGUUCAAGUCCUGCUUCUUUAAAGCAUCCUGAGACAAAUCAGAAGAAACUUCAGUGUCUAAAUGAUGUGCUGGGAAAAAAACCUAACAAGACUCCUAAAAAUGAGCCUGGAAAAAUGAAAGUCGCUCCUUUAUUUCUUACCAGAAAGGCUCAUAAAACAGCUGAUCCUACCCUUGGUUUUGAUGAAAGCAGUCAAGACACAUCUGAAAGAUCUCAGGAUUGUGAUAUGCAACUUAAAGCAAAGCGUGACUUUCUAAUGAGCGGUCUGCCAGAUUUGUUGAAACGACAAAUUGCAAAGAAAUCUGCUGCAUUAGAUGUGUACAAUGCAGUGAGUACCAGUUUCCAGAGAGUUGUUCAUGUACAACAAAAAGAUGAUGGGUGCCACUUGUGGCAUUUGAAACCACCCACUUGUCCUCUUUUAACUAAACUUAAACAAUUGAAUACUAAAGUAGAUCUCUCGAAAUGUGUUAUCGCUCUUGGUGAAUUUUCAACAUUAAAUUCAAAUUUGAAAAGUAAUAAUUCUGCUGUUGUGUUUAUGGGGAGGAGGAAAGAUUUUACUGAAGAAGUAAGAAAUCUUUUGCUGGAGGAAAUUAGGUGGUCAAAUCCUGAGUUUUCUUUGAGGAAAUAUUUUCCUUUGCUUCUAAAAAAGCAAACUGAGCACCAAGUACUCUCUGAAUGUCAUCGUAAGCAAGAAAAUCCACAACUAGAGCCUGGCGUCAAUCUAAAAGAAACCAAAAGGAAACGAAUGGAAACGGAAAAUCGUAAGUCAAAAAGAAGGAAACCAGGUGAUUAUUCAGAAAAUGGAAAUGGAAAACCAAAAGAACUCGAAAAACCACACAACUAUACUGGGAUAAAACUGGAUUCUUCCAAAAGUCUGUAUUCUAAAACAUGCAGGAAGAAACAAACUGCUUUGAGUACAACAUGUAAAGUGGAAACAGAAGCAGAAGAUUCUGAUGUUCUGAUCAUAGAUGAUGACAAAGCGUCUACAUCAGAAAUGUCUUCUGUUCCUGAUUCUGGAACUGAAGACAUGCUUUGGACAGAAAAGUAUCAGCCUCAGAACUCCAGUGAACUCAUAGGCAAUGAGCUAGCUAUAAAAAAGUUACAUAGUUGGUUGAAAGACUGGAAAAGAAGAGCUGAAUUAGAAGAAAGACAAAAUUUGAAGGGAAAAAGAGAUGAGAAACAAGAAGAUCUGUUGGAUAGAAUUGACUUUAAAGACAGUUCAGAUGAAGAAGAGAAUCGUCUUUGCAACACUGUUCUCAUAACAGGGCCAACAGGAGUGGGGAAAACUGCCGCAGUAUAUGCUUGUGCUCAGGAGCUUGGAUUUAAGAUAUUUGAAGUGAAUGCCUCAUCUCAGCGCAGUGGAAGACAGAUUCUUUCUCAACUGAAGGAAGCUACUCAGUCCCAUCAAGUAGACAAGCAAGGUGUAAACUCACAAAAACCUUGUUUUUUUAAUAACUACAACAUAGGCAAGUCACCAAAAAAAUUAAGUUCUCCUAAGAAAGUUGUUACAUCACCAAGGAAACUUCCUCUACCAUCACCACAAAGUAGUGGACCAAAGCAGGCACUUCCACCUAAAACAUUGGCACAUUAUUUUAAAACGUAUUCUAAGCCAAAAAGUACUGAAGAAAUAAAAGCACUUCUGGAAGAUAAUAAAGGAAUCAGAAAUUCUUUUGAACAGAAACAGAUUAUUCAGACUAAAUCUACAAACACAACUAAUUCAAAUGCCAAAGAGCAUGGAGCAGAGGAACCCAACAGGAAAAAUGCAACGUGUCUCAUUCUUUUUGAGGAGGUCGAUGUCAUUUUUGAAGAAGAUGCUGGGUUUUUGAACGCAAUCAAAACAUUCAUGGCAACAACUAAAAGACCUGUAAUUCUUACUACAAGUGAUCCAACAUUUAGUUUAAUGUUUGACGGCUGCUUUGAAGAAAUUAAUUUCAAUACACCUUCCCUGCUAAAUGUUGCCAGCUACCUACAGACGAUCUGCUUAACUGAGAAUUUUAGAACAGAUGUAAAAGACUUUGUAACAUUGUUAACUGCGAAUACUUGUGAUAUUAGGAAAAGUAUCCUUUACUUACAAUUUUGGAUUAGAAGUGGAGGUGGAUUUUUAGAAGAAAGGCCAUUAUCCCUUUGUCGAGGAAACAGCAGAAAUGUACAACUUAUUCACUCUGAAGAUGGUCCUGAUUUCAAAAACAACCCUAAAAAUACUAAAAGGAAUCCUACACACCUUCCCAAAUGUGACACUGGCUGUGUUGAGACCUUUUUUGGCCUUAAGAAUAUUUUCCCCCCAUCUGAAGACUUAUUUUCAUUUUUAAAGCACAAAAGCAGAACAAAAGAAGAAUGGCAUAAGCUCGUCCAGCUUCUUACAGAAUUCCAAAUGCGGAAUGUAGAUUUCCUGUAUAGUAAUCUUGAGUUCAUUCUACCAUUACCUGUUGAUAUCAUUCCAGAAACAGAAAAGCUUUGUGGUUCAUCAGAAAGUGUGGACACCAGUGCAGCAACAAAAAAUGUGAAUAGUCUUACCAUAAGACAUUCUGGAGAGAAGCCAUUGAAAAAGUCACAAAAAAAGAAACAUAAGAAAAAGAUGGUAAUUCUAGAUGAUAGUGACUUAUUUGACACAAACUUGGACUUUUCUGCUGAAUUUCUUUGCCUAUGCCCUGAAUCUUCUUCCUCAAAUUCAGAAGAAAGCAAUUCAGAGACAAAGAAACUAAACAAAUGUUCAGAGUCUAACAUUGAAUCUAUUCCUCCCCCUGCUAAAACACCAGCAGAAAAAAAGUGUUCUGCCCUCGUUUCUCACUGUUUAGAUUCCCUCACUGAGUUCCUGGAUAACAUGUCCUUCUUAGAUGCCCUUGUAACUGAUGUAAGGGAACAAAAGGAACUUGGUAAACGUGACUUUAGUUGGACAAAUGGAAAGGUAAAAAGUGGACUUUGUGAUGAGUUUAGUCUUGAAAGCAGUGAUGGAUGGACUUCUCAAAGCUCUGCAGAAUUAAAGGCAGCUGUAGAAGCUCUCAGUUUUACCAAGUGUUCUUCUACUAUUUCAAAAGCAUUGGAAACCUUGAAUUCUUGCAAGAAAUUAGGCAGAGAUCCAAUGAAAGACCUUACUUUUUAUGUUUCACAAAAGCGCAACAAUGUGUACUUUAGUCAGUCGGCGGCUAAUUUAGACUGUGCUUGGAAGAGGAUAGCAGUCAUUAAAAGUGUAUUUUCUAGCCGAUCUCUUCUGAACCUGGGUAAUAGACAAGCUAGUAUAAUUGAAUACCUGCCAACUCUUCGAAACAUUUGUAGGACUGAGAAGCUAAAAGAACAAGGGAAAAGUAAAAGGAGGUUCCUGCACUAUCUUGAAGGAAUUCACCUUAACAUUUCAAAAGAGACUGUGAACACUUUGGCAGCUGGCUUCCCUUAAUAUUCCACAUUCACAGUGCCUUGUACAUAUUAUUAUGUGGUCCUUAAGAUAUUUUUUAUAUUGAUUUUCAUGGAAGUUUACAUCUCUUAAUGUACAUUUAAAACAGACUGUAUAUUUUUUAUUAGUGUGCAAAUAUUUAAAAUGAAAACAUUUGAGUUACAAAUUGUAUUUAUAAUGUGGUGGUAUUUUAAAAAUUGUUUUGUGUUAUCUGGUUUAGCUUUGUUGGAGUAUUUUUGUAUGUGAAUGAGCUUUUCUAGGAGGUAGAGUUCACCUUUAACCCACCUCUCUCCAACCAAGUGUCAGUACUUUGUGAAGUUGUAAAUAUGAGUCUCCCAGUGACUUUUUAUUUAAAAUAUGAAUCUUAAAUAAAUGUAUAUAAUCCAGAAUACAAAAUUACUUAGGUAAUGCAUAAGAAAACUUCCUAAGAAAGAAAUUAUGUUUCAUUUUUCAAAAAGAUCUCCCUGCCCUGGCUGGUGUGGUUCAGUGGUUAAAAGU